AUGGAAAAGACACAAUCUCCCAUCCAGCUAUCCAGCGAUUCUCUAUCAUCAUCACACAAUACGCCAAAUACCGAUACAAAAAGUGACGGCACGACCAGCCCGCUCAAAGAAAAGAUAGAUUCAAAAACAAAAGACGACAAUGCUGAGGCCGCAAAUCCCCAGGGCCCACCCCGCGACAUCGCUGAAGAAGCCUACAAGCCAAAGUCUCUCAAGUUCUGGCUCAUCAUCCUCAGUGCCUUUAUGUCCAUGUUCCUCGUUGCCCUGGAUCGUACAAUCCUCGCGACUGCUAUUCCCACAAUCACCGACGACUUUCACUCUCUCGCAGACAUUGGCUGGUAUGGAUCCUCGUAUAUGCUUACGACGGCCGCCUUUCAGCUAGUAUGGGGACGCGUUUACCGCUUCUACGACUUGCGCUGGACAUUUUUAUGCUGCAUUGUCAUCUUUGAGGCUGGUUCUGCUAUAUGUGGUUCUGCACCUAGCUCGUCUGUUUUUAUUGCUGGGCGUGCUAUCGCAGGAGUGGGCUCUGCAGGCAUCACGACCGGAUCUCUACUUACUACUAUCGACCUGAUUCCAUUGGCAAAGCGUCCCAUGUUUCAAGCCGCCUUCGGUCUUGUGUUUGGCGUAUCAAGUAUCACCGGCCCUCUUAUGGGUGGUGCGUUUACAGAAAACGUUUCCUGGAGAUGGUGCUUCUACAUCAAUCUUCCCGUCGGAGCCGUUGCUUUCGUCUUCCUCUUCUUCUUCCUGCGGCUUCCCAAGAAAUCUCAUCCUCCCGCGUCAGUCAAGGAACAGAUUCUCCGUCUCGACCCUCUCGGCACCUUCUUCUUCAUCCCGUCCACCCUGUGCCUCUUGCUUGCCUUGCAAUGGGGAGGAUCCAAGUACGAUUGGAGCAACUGGAGAAUAAUAUUUCUCUUCAUCAUGUUUGGACUGACUGCCAUCGCGUUUGCCAUUGUCCAAAUCAAGAUGCCUGAGACUGCGUCGCUACCUCCCAAGGUCAUUACUCAGAGGACCAUGCUCGCUGCCACAUUUUACAUGCUCUUUGUUGCGGGCGCCAUGAUGCUUUUGGUUUACUUUAUUCCCCUGUGGUUUCAAACUACGCACGGUAUCAGCCCUGUGAGAUCCGGUGUUUAUACGAUCCCGCUUGUGCUGAGCCUCGUCGUCUCAGUCACCAUAUCUGGGUUUUUGACUCAGCGAAUUGGAUACUAUUUGCCGGCUUUGAUAAUAGGCCCCUGCAUAAUGGCCGUCGGCGAAGGCCUUCUAUAUACACUCAAGCCAAACUCUGGAUCCUCCGAAUGGAUUGCGUAUCAAUUUCUCGCUGGAUUUGGACUGGGCUUUGGAUUCCAGACCGCAAAUCUUGCUGUCCAAGCUACAAUCCCGAAGAAGGAGAUUCCUACAGGGGUUUCUAUCCUCUUCUUUGCCCAACAGCUUGGCGGCGCCAUCUUUAUAUCCGUUGGUCAGACGGUUUUGAACUCCUUGCUCGUUUCUCAUCUGGAAAAUGUGCCCGGUCUAGACCCUAUGACGAUUAUUAAGACUGGUGUGACUGAGUUGCAGGAUGUUGUUCCUCCACAGUUCGCUUCCACUGUGGUUGAUGCGUACAAUUACGCAUGUACACAUAUAUUUAUUGCUGCACUGGCACUGACCUGUGCUCAGCUGCUUUCUGGCUGCUGUGUUGAAUGGGGAAGCGUUAAAAAGCCAAAGAACCAGCAAGAAAAAGCACAAUGA